AUGUGGUGCCGAAACCUGGGAUCCACCGAAACCUCUCGGGACGUGUUCAGAACUUCUUGCGGCUUCAGGAUAGUCAACUGGGCAAGUUCCCAGGCAAGCGAAAUUGAGAUGGAUCAGUACAAAGAGGAGCUGUCUAAAAUGGAAAAAGAAAUAAUUCAUUUGAAACGAGAUGGGGAAAAUAAAUCCAUAAAUCUUUCUCAGUUAGAUAUGAUUUUAGAUCAGACAAAAACAGAACUAGAAAAGAAAACAAAUUCAGUGAAGGAGUUAGAGAAGUUACAACACCACACAGAAACUGAACUGACAGAAACCAUGCAGAAACGGGAAGCUCUGGAAAAUGAAUUACAGAACGCUCAUGGAGAAUUGAAAAGUACCUUAAGACAACUACAGGAAUUGAGAGAUGUACUACAAAAGGCUCAGUUAUCAUUAGAGGAAAAAUACACUACAAUAAAGGAUCUCACUGCUGAACUGAGAGAAUGUAAGAUGGAAAUUGAAGACAAAAAACAAGAACUUAGUGAAAUGAAUCAGGCACUUAAGGAGAGAAAUUGGGAGCUGAAGCAAAGAGCAGCUCAGGUUACACAUUUGGAUAUGACCAUUCGUGAACACAGAGGAGAAAUGGAGCAAAAAAUAAUCAAAUUAGAGGGUACCCUGGAAAAAUCAGAUUUAGAACUUAAAGAAAGCAACAAACAGAUAGAAAGUUUAAAUGAAAAGUUGCAAAACGCCAAAGAACAGCUUCGAGAAAAGGAGUUUAUAAUGCUCCAGAAUGAACAAGAGAUAUCUCAACUGAAAAAGGAAGUUGAGAGAACACAACAAAGGAUGAAAGAAAUGGAAAGUGUUAUAAAAGAACAGGAAGAGUACAUUGCUACCCAGUACAAGGAGGUUAUUGAUUUGGGGCAUGAAUUGAGGCUAACACAGGAGCAAAUGCAGAACACUCAUUCAGAACUGGUGGAGGCUCGUCGUCAAGAAGUCCAAGCACAGAGAGAAAUAGAUAGGCUUGCUGGUGAACUGGAGGAUAUAAAGACACUCUCUAAAGAGAAGGAAGCUCAUGGAAACCGUUUGGCUGAAGAACUAGCCGCUCAAGUACGUGAAGCUCAUUUAGAGGCAAGAAUGCAAGCAGAAAUAAAGAAAUUAUCCUCAGAAGUAGAAUCUCUGAAAGAAGCUUAUCAUAUGGAGAUGAUUUUACAUCAAGAGAACCAUGCAAAGUGGAAGGUUUCUGCUGACUCUCAAAAGACUUCUGUUCAACAACUAAAUGAACAGCUAGAGAAAGCCAAACAAGAAUUAGAAGAAGCUCAGGAUACUGUGAGCAAUUUGCAUCAACAAGUUCAAGACAGGAAUGAAGUCAUUGAAGCGGCAAACGAAGCAUUACUUAUUAAAGAAUCAGAAUUAACCAGAUUGCAAGCCAAAAUUUCUGGACAUGAAAAGACAGAAGACACCAAGUUUCUAUCAGCUCCAUUUACAACAGAAAUUAUACCUGAUACUCAAGAUCAAAAGUUUGCCAAACAUCCUCAGAUUUCAUUCUUCAAAUGCAGAAAACUACGUCGCUCUAUUAGUGCCAGUGACCUUAGUUUCAAAAGUCAUGGUAAUGAUGAUCUCUCUGAAGAAUUGCUACAGGACUUAAAGAAAAUGCAAUUAGAGCAACCGUUGGCAUUGGAAAGUGGUCAUAAAGACCUACCUUUAGCCCAUUCAGAGUCAUUUAAACCUCUCUCAUAUAACCUAGAAGAUGAUAGUUCUGAAAGUAAUGACUUCAGUACUCUUAGUGGAAUGCUGAGAUACAUAAACAAAGAAGUGAGACUGGUGAAAAAGUCUUCUCUGCAAACAGCUGCUGGUUUAAAUCAGGGAGGAAAAUUGUAAUUAAAAGAAGAUGUCUAUUUCAUGAAAAAUGGAAUUGUUG